UGAUGACGGACCCAUUAAUCCCUUCUUCAAUGCAUCAAAAGAAGCCGAAGGGCUGGAAGUCGCUGGGCUCGGAGUCCUGCAGGAAAUGCUUCGAUCUGCUUUUGGUUCUGUAUGAAACUGGUGACUAGGGGCUCGGCUCGCUCCGCCGCCGCCGCCCGCCGGCACCUGGAUGCGCGGACCGCCGCCGCCGCCUUGCCCGCCGCGAUGCACCGCUCGUGGCGGUGCUGGUGAUCGCUCGGGUGUGAUGGGAUUGAGCCGGCGGUGAUCAUUUGAAGGCGGUGAGGGAGAGCGCGGGAGAGGAAGGGCUGCUCCGCUCUGCUGUGUGUGGGCUUCGGGAUUUUUUUUUUUCUUUUUUCUUUUUUUCUUGUCUUUUUCUUCUUUUCCUACUUCCAUCCUCUCCCCGCCACUGGAAGUCCUCCCGUAUCUAAAUGGAAUUAGUGGAGACCGAAGCCCCUUGUGUAAGGAACAGACAUGACCAAUGGGCGCAGCUUCUUUCACAUUGUAGCAAGUCUAAUCAUCCUACAUUUGUCUGGGGCAACCAAAAAAGGAACAGAAAAGCAAACUACUUCCGAAGGGCAGAGACCAGUGCAGUGUGGAACUUGGACAAAAUAUGCAGAAGGAGGCAUCUUCACUUCUCCAAAUUACCCCAACAAGUAUCCUCCAGACAGAGAGUGUGUCUACAUUAUAGAAGCUGCUCCUAGACAAUGCAUCGAACUACACUUUGAUGAAAAAUAUUCCAUAGAGCCUUCUUGGGAGUGUAAAUUUGACCACAUUGAAGUGCGAGAUGGACCUUUUGGCUUUUCCCCAAUCCUUGGGCGUUUCUGUGGACAGCAAAAUCCACCUAUGAUAAAAUCCAGUGGCAGAUUCCUGUGGAUUAAAUUUUUUGCUGAUGCUGAACUGGAAUCUAUUGGGUUUUCUGCUCGGUAUAAUUUUACACCUGAACUUGAAGAAAAUGAUCCAAAGCAAAGACCCAUUGGAAACGAUUGCUGUCUCAAGCAGCUGAAUGUUCAGGGGAGAUGCAGUUUUCGUUGCCACUCAUCUCACUUGUUGAAAGCAGGACACUUCCUAACUGGAGGCUGCAGAGGAGGCUUUCUUCGUCCAGAGAAAAGUGCAAUCCAGCUGCUUCUCCAGUAUCAUCAAUCUUUGAGGGUGCCCACCUACCCCUGA